UUAAAAAUUUUAUUAAAAAUUAUUACACUCUUUUUAUCCAUUAUUCCUGCUUUAGUGAUUGUUGGGUUUUUAACCCUCCUUGAACGUAAAGUCUUAAGCUUAUCCCAAAUUCGCCUUGGGCCCAACAAGGUUGGUUGGGGGGGAAUUCCCCAACCACUAUCUGAUGCUAUUAAACUUUUUUCAAAAAUAUCAUUUUUUCCUGGUGUUGUGGGAGGGCUAUUUUUUAUUUUAAGCCCUAUUUUUAUCUUAUUUAUUUCUAUAUCGCUAUGAACAUUUUUGCCCCACGGAUUUUCUUCUAUUUUUUGUUCUAAUUCGUGAAUUAUAUUCAUAAUUAUUAUGAGAUUGGCUGUGUACCCCCUAUUAAUCAUAGGAUGAUCCUCAUCUUGCAUUUUUUCUAAUUUAGGGAGCCUCCGCGCAGUAGCACAACUUGUGUCAUAUGAAACUGUUAUAGGAACAUUUAUUUUUUUUUGAAUUUUAAGAACCUUUUCCACUUCUAUAUCAAGAAAAUUUUCUUUGGUCGGCGGGUGAAUAAUUUUAAUUCCCAUAGCUUAUUUUGUUUGGCUAGUAACAUGUUUAGCUGAAACUAAUCGAACCCCCUUUGAUUUUAGUGAAGGAGAAAGGGAACUUGUUUCUGGGUUUAACACAGAGUAUGCUUCCCAACUUUUUGCCUUAAUUUUUAUGGCGGAAUAUUUAAGAAUUUCAAUUAUAAGAAUUAUUUUUAGACUUCUUUUGGGGAAUAAACUAGAAAUAUGGGUCACUUCAGCCAUAAUUAUAGUUGUUUGAAUUUGGGUUCGAGCUACUUAUGUCCGACACCGGUACGACAAACUUAUAGCUAUAUGCUGAAAGGCAAUGCUCCCUUCGGUUAUGUUUAUUACGUUUAUCUUUAUAAUUACACUAUUUCUUAUUUAAAAAAUUGUUAUCUAUUAAAAAGUGAAUAUGAUCUAGAAAUCAUAAAGACAUUGGAACCCUCUACCUUAUUUCAGGUGUUUGAUCAGGGAUAAUUGGUUUAUCUAUAAGAAUUUUAAUUCGCUUAGAGCUAGGGCAACCGGGAUCUCUGUUAAACAGGGAUCAAAUCUAUAACGUUUUAGUAACAGCUCACGCUUUUAUUAUGAUUUUUUUUAUAGUUAUACCCAUUUUAAUUGGGGGGUUUGGUAACUGACUUAUCCCCAUAAUAAUUGGGGCCCCAGAUAUAGCUUUUCCUCGGAUAAAUAAUUUAAGAUUCUGACUUUUAGUCCCAUCCCUACUAGCUCUUUUAUUGAGAUCCUUAGCAGGGACUGGAGCAGGGACUGGUUGAACAGUUUAUCCUCCCCUUUCUACUCAGGCCUUUCACUCGGGAGUAGCUGUUGACUUAGCCAUUUUUUCCCUUCACUUGGCCGGAGCCUCAUCAUUGCUGGGAGCUGUAAACUUUAUCAGAACCCUGAUAAACCUACGAGUUUUAGGUACACUUCUUGAACGAGUUCCAAUAUUCCCCUGGUCGGUUUUAAUCACCGCUAUUUUAUUACUUUUAUCACUCCCUGUGUUAGCUGGGGCUAUCACAAUGCUAUUAACUGAUCGAAAUAUUAGAACAAGAUUCUAUGAUCCAGCAGGAGGAGGAGAUCCUAUUUUGUACCAACACUUAUUUUGAUUUUUCGGACACCCGGAAGUUUAUAUUUUAAUUCUCCCUGGAUUUGGUCUUAUUUCCCAAAUAAUUUGUAUAGAAGCUUUUAAAAACGAGCCAUUUGGUUCUUUAGGCAUAAUUUAUGCAAUAAGAGCUAUCGGGGUAUUGGGGUUUGUUGUGUGAGCUCACCACAUAUUUACCGUAGGUCUUGACUCUGAUACCCGGGCCUACUUUACAACAGCCACAAUGGUUAUUGCGGUUCCCACAGGAAUUAAAGUAUUUAGGUGACUCGGAACCUUAUAUGGGUCUAAGAUUAGAAACAGCCCCACCAUUUUAUGGGUUUUGGGGUUUUUAUUUUUAUUUACUGUUGGGGGGCUAACCGGAAUUGUUUUAGCAAACUCCUCUUUAGAUAUAACUCUUCACGACACCUAUUAUGUUGUAGCACACUUUCACUACGUGUUAAGAAUAGGGGCUGUGUUUGCUUUAAUAGGGGCUUUUAUCACCUGGUACCCACUUAUAACCGGGCUAUCCCUUAACCAAUCAUGGUUAAAAGCUCAAUUUAUAAUUAUAUUUAUAGGAGUAAAUAUUACCUUUUUUCCCAUGCACUUUUUAGGCCUGGCUGGGAUACCCCGACGUUACUCAGACUACCCUGAUUACUUUUUUAUGUGAAACUUUGUAAGAAGAAUCGGAUCUGUAAUCACAACGGUCUCUAUAUUUUUCUUUUUUGGGAUUAUUUGAGAAAGAAUAACAUCUAAGCGACCCGUUCUAGCUGUUAAAAGAGUUAGGUCAAUAAUUGAGUUCCAACACGCCUUUCCACCUUUUGAACACUCCUAUGAAUCAGUUCCAGUAACAUCUAUACAAUAUAAACCUUAAUUUAUUAAUUACAUACCCUACUAUCUUAUUUCCUAAC